AUGGAGUACGCCAUUGGUACGCCGCCGUUUGAAACCUACGGCCUUAUCGAUACCGGCAGCGACGUCACCUGGACUCAGUGCGAACCAUGCAUCCAUUGCUUCCCACAAAGCUUGCCCAUAUUUGAUCCGAAACACAGCAAAUCGUACAAGACGGCCAUGUGCAAUGAUUCGAGUAUCAACUGUUCUCUCGAUUACGUCUUUUACUGUUCUAACGACAAUGUUUGCCGGUACGACGUGAUCUACAACGACUAUUCCCGAACCCUCGGCGACGUUGCUACUGAUACUCUCACCAUCGGCGACGCUUCCUUCAAGAACGUUUUGCUGGGGUGCGGCCACCAGAAUAAAGCCAAAUUCUCAAACACCACUGCCUCUGGCAUUGUUGGUCUCGGCUACUCUAACGCCUCGAUCAUCAAGCAAUUGCGUGAACAAAUUGGUGGAAAAUUUGCUCACUGCUUCUCUCCUCAAUCCGAUUCUAAAAGCUAUAUAAGUUUCGGCACUGACGCCAUAGUUACGGGUCCUGAUACUGUUAUAAUUCCCUUGACCAUAACCACCGGAGAUCCAUUUUACUGGCUCGUUUUAGACAGCAUGAGUGUGGGCAAUAAAAACUUUCCGCUCGAGGUUCGUCCGGAAGAUGCCGGCAACAUUAUCAUUGAUUCAGGGACGACAGUGACAUUCCUGCCGCCCAAUGUGUUCGAUGGUAUGAAAUCGGAAUUUAUGAAACACAUCGAUCACACUCCGAUAGAUGAUCCUCAAGGCUUUUUCCAGUUAUGUUACUCGGCCACGGCAAUGAAAAGUGGUAUUAAGUUGCCAAAAGUUGUUGCACAUUUUUCGGGAGGCGAUGUAGAAUUAUCUCCUCGGGGAUUAUUCGAAGAAGUAGAAGAAGGUGUAUCUUGUCUCACUAUAGUUCCAUAUUAUUCGAUGGGUACAUCCAUCUUAGGCUCUCCAUCUCAGGUAGACUACCUAGUUGGAUUUGAUUUGGAAAUAAAUGCAGUCAGCUUCAAGCCUGCAGCUGAUUGCUCCAAAUUUUAA